UUUCCUUCUUCCGUUUCUCAGAUUACCCAAAUCUGUACGAAUCUGCUCACAACUUCAGGUCAUAUCUUGCUCCAUUUGGAAAUUUGAACAAAAGAUGUCUACCGGACCAAAUAGAAGGGUUUCGCGUCAAGACAUACAGCUGGUGCAAAACCUUAUAGAACGAUGUCUUCAACUCUACAUGACGCAGAAGGAAGUUGUGGAAACUCUGCUGGUUCAGGCCAAAAUUGAGCGUGGUUUUACUGAACUUGUUUGGCAAAAGCUUGAAGAAGAGAAUAGGGAAUUCUUCCAGGCUUAUUAUCUGAGACUGAUGGUGAAGCAACAAAUAAUGGAAUUCAACAAGCUGCUUGAGCAACAGGUGCGAUUGAUAGAUCAGAUUCAUUCAACUGGAGUCUCCUCAAUCUCUAAUUCUAAUGGACCUCAAAUGCCGCUGAUGCCCCAGAACUCAUCCUGCUAUGCCCCCGAGAACACAGGGCCAGCUCUGAAGCAGGAGGACAUGCACCAUCCCAUGGGAUCUAGUUUGCCUAAUGUAUUCACUAAUGGUAGUUCGUCGUUACAUGCCGGGAUUCAUGGUCCUAUUGAUCUGCCUAUCCAUGCCAGCAGGAUUGAUGCCCCACCGGGCAUGCUUUCAACUCAGAAUUCAAACAUGAGUAUAAUGCAAAGAAUGAAUGGGAAAAUGAUAAAACCGGAAGCUGGUUAUUCGACCAGUUCUCCAUAUAUGUUUGGUGUUGAGAGCAAUGUUCUGGAGGCACGUCCAACAAUUGGGGAUACGUCUUUCAGUACCGUAGAAUCAAGCACUCAACCACUGAAUGAACCACUUCUGGAUGCCGACAUUUCUUCAUUUGGAUUUUUAGGCCAGAUUCCCCGCAAUUUCAGUCUUUCAGAUCUCACAGCUGAUUUUUCUCAGAGUUCAGAUAUAUUGGAGAGCUACUCCCGAUCACCGUUUUUAGCAACUGUGAAUGAAACUUUCCUGGAUUCUCGUGAAAGAGAGCAUCAAGGAGACAACAAGAGGUUGGAUACCAUAUCAAAGGGACGGAGUUAUGACGGUUUUGGAAACGAAUAGCCCUACAGCAUCAAUGAUACAACUGGCUCCCCUCCGUAAUAAAAUGGUUUUCGUGUAUAGCAUUUUAGAAAUCAACAAUUCGACUGCUUUGAUUGAUGGAUAGGAAGAAGUUACCUGACAUCAUCGGUAUUAGCAUGGUUCGGAGAGGAGAAACAAGUUCAAAAAUAAAUUUAGACUAAACAUAAAGUUUCUGUUUUGGUGCCAAUGGACCGUCGAAGCGACUGCUUUUGCCGUUGGCACUCUAGUGUGUCAUUGGCCUUGGGAUGGUUUUAUCGGACAGGUAAUCAGUGAUUUACAUUUUGUUUAGUAUAUAACUUAUGCCGUUUCAUUUGGAAUGAAGGAUUGUGGAAUAAUAUUAAUGUUUAUGUUCUUGAGGACCUU